ACACCCAGUGCGUAAAAUGGCGCUUUGGCCGCGGAAAGACCUGGAAGCUCCUGUUCUUCCUUUUUUAUUUCAACCAUAUGGUCAGCGGACAUAUCCGGUAUUCAAUUCCAGAGGAGAUGAAGAAAGGCUCCCUCAUCGGUAAUGUAGCUCAGGAUCUCGGUUUGGAUCUGAAAAGGCUCCGGUCUGGUCGGGCCCGUAUCGUGACCGGAGAAAACAAUCAGUACACCGAGCUGAGGACAGACAAAGGGAUUCUAGUGGUGAACGAGAGAAUAGACCGAGAGCAGCUUUGCGGAGACGUGACACCGUGUAGCUUCAGCUUUGAGAUUAUUUUAGAAAACCCCAUGGAGCUGCAUCAAAUUACAGUUGAAAUAACAGACAUAAAUGAUCAUUCGCCAACGUUUAAAAGAAAUAGCAUCCAGUUUGAAAUCAGUGAAUCGGCUAAUGCUGGCUCUCGUUUUCCACUGACGAGUGCAGAGGACCCAGAUGUGGGUGUUAAUGGACUCAGAGAAUAUUUUUUGACCGAUAACGACAAUUUUGUUUUGAAACAAAGCUCUAAUGCAGAUGGAAAGAAAUAUGCGGAGAUGGUGCUUCAGAAGCCUUUAGACAGAGAGGCAAAUCCUCAUCUGUCCCUGAAGCUGAUCGCUGUAGACGGUGGAACUCCGCAGAGAUCUGGCACAGUAAAUAUAGAUGUCACUGUUCUUGAUGCCAAUGAUAACGCUCCUGUUUUUAAUCAGUCUGUGUACAAAGCUACAGUGAUGGAAAAUUCUCCCAGAGAUACUUAUGUUACCACCGUUAACGCUAGUGACGCAGACUUCGGGUCAAACAGUAUUGUAACGUAUUAUUUUUCAGAUUUGAACAGUGGUUUAAGUGAUUUGUUUAUGAUUGAUGAGAAAAGUGGCGUCAUUUCCAUCACAGGAUCUGUCGAUUAUGAAAAAGACAAAAAAUACGAACUUAGAAUCCAAGGAAAAGAUCAAGGAGGUUUGACAGAUGCGAGUAAAGUGAUAAUUGAAGUAACUGACGUGAAUGACAACGCCCCUGCUAUUAGCGUGAUGUCAUUCACCAGUCCUGUGUCAGAGGACUCCCCUCCUGGUACAACUAUUGGCAUUAUAAAUGUAAAAGAUCUGGAUUCAGGUGAUAACGGACAGGUCACCUGUAGAAUAGAAGAAAAUGCUCCUUUCAAGAUUAAAUCUAAUUUAAGAAAUUACUACACUUUGGUAACAGACACUGUGUUAGAUCGUGAAAGCGUUUCAGACUACAACAUCACUGUUGUUGCGACAGAUGCAGGAAUGCCUCUUCUGUCAACAAAAAGAACCUUUCAUUUAAAGGUCUCUGAUGUGAACGACAAUGCUCCUGUGUUUCCACAAAGUGUUUACACUGCGUUUAUUUCAGAGAAUAACUCUCCAGGUGUUUCUGUUCUCACUGUUAGAGCUAAAGAUCCCGAUGAAAACCAAAACGCCCGAAUAUCUUAUAUUCUGGAGGAUACUAAUAUCGGUGGAUCUCCAGUUUCCGAAUAUGUUUCUGUGAAUGCAGAAAGCGGAGUGAUACAUGCAGUGCGAUCAUUUGAUUAUGAGCAAAUUAAACAGCUUGUUUUCGUCGUCAAAGCUCAGGAUGGAGGCUCUCCUCCACUCAGUAGCAAUGUGACAGUGAAAAUACUGAUCCAGGACCAGAACGACAACCCUCCUCAGGUCCUGUACCCAGUCCAGACUGGUGGCUCUGUGGUGGCUGAGAUGGUGCCUCGUUCAGCAGAUGUGGGCUAUCUGGUGACUAAAGUGGUGGCUGUUGAUGUGGACUCUGGACAGAAUGCCUGGCUGUCCUAUAAACUGCAGAAAGCCACAGACAGGGCGCUGUUUGAAGUGGGCUUACAGAAUGGAGAAAUCAGAACUAUCCGCCAAGUCAGUGAUAAAGAUGCAGUCAAACAGAGACUGACUGUUAUAGUGGAGGACAACGGGCAGCCCUCUCGUUCAGCUACAGUCAUUGUCAACGUGGCGGUGGCGGACAGCUUCCCUGAAGUGCUGUCGGAGUUCACUGACUUUCCACACGACAAGGAGUACAAUGACAACCUGACUUUUUACUUAGUGCUGGCUCUGGCUGUAGUUUCCUUCCUCUUCAUCACGUGUUUAGUUGUUAUUAUAUCAGUGAAAAUCUACAGAUGGAGACAGUCUCGCAUCCUGUAUCACUCCAAUCUGCCUGUGAUUCCAUAUUAUCCACCACGUUACUCAGACACUUUGGGGACAGGGACUCUCCAACACGUGUACAAUUACGAGGUGUGCAGGACGACUGACUCCAGAAAGAGUGACUGUAAGUUCGGCAGAGCUGGUAGUCAGAACGUGCUGAUAAUGGAUCCCAGUUCGACAGGAACGAUGCAGCGGAUACAGAAUGAGAAGAGCAUCCUGGAUGAACCAGACUCUCCUCUAGAGGUCAGUUAA